AUGCGGUUAUCCUCAAGUCUCUCGUACCUCCUGGCCGUCGUGGCCUUUUCGCCUUUCGCGUCAGCCCUACGGCUUCUUCAAUCAACAUCGUUGAUAGAAUGUAUGGACAAUUCGAACUUUUCAGCAUCUCUUUUUCAGGUCACCUUCACACCCGAUAACAAAACGCUCUCUAUAAAUAUCAACGGUAUCUCGUCGAUAUCCGGCAAUGUCUCGGCAGAAAUUGUGGUUUACGCCUACGGCUUUCAAGCAGUCAAGGAGGAGCUGAAUCCUUGUGAUUACAACUUGGAUGGUCUAUGCCCUAUGCAAACCGGCUCCAUCCCAAUCGAUACCACCAUCACGGUCUCCGACUCGGUGGUCAAGGCCAUUCCCAGUAUCGCUUACAGUGUUCCUGAUCUGGAUGGCCAGGUUUUUGUAUACAUCAACUCUACAGAUACCGGCAAAAGAAUCGCCUGUUUGGAAGCCAGCCUUACAAACAGUCAAACAGUCCACCAAAAAGCGGUUGAAUGGAUUGUCGCCGUUAUCGCAGGUCUCGGCCUCGUGGCUUCUGCCAUCACCUCUGGAUUGGGUCACUCAAACACCGCUGCACACGUCGCUGCCAAUGCUUUGUCCCUUUUUGGCUUUUUCCAGGCUCAGGCCAUGAUUGGUGAUACGGCUGUUCCUAUGCCAACCAUCGUUCAAUCCUGGACACAGAACUUCCAAUGGAGCAUGGGUAUUAUUCAGGUCGACUUUUUGCAGACUAUUGCGACAUGGUAUCAACGAGCCACUGGAGGAACCGCUAGCACAUUAUUGUCAAAUUUGGCCACCACAUCAGUGGUUGUUCAAAAGCGAUCGGUCGAUAUUGGACAGCAGCUCUAUCGCCGCGGCCUCCAUUAUUUCGGCAAGAGAGCCUCAGAGACAGGCACAACAGUGACAGUUUCUGGAUUGGAGCGAGUUGGGUUCAAGGGCGAUAUCGAAGCCACGAACAUUUUCCUGACUGGUCUAAUUUGGUUCGUUAUUUUUGUUGCUUUGGUCAUGAUUGGGGUUGGGGCUUUCAAAGGCAUCUGUGAAUUGUUGGUCAAGUACAACAAGAUGCCCAGCGACAAGUUCCAAGAUUUCCGGAACGGAUGGAAGAUUGUUAUGCGCGGUAUUCUCUUCCGCCUCACCCUCAUCGGCUGGGCUCAGAUGUGUGUGCUCUGCCUCUGGGAGCUGACUCGACGCGACUCGGCGGCUGAAGUCAUUCUUGCGGUGAUGAUGUUUUUGUCCAUGGCCACGGUGCUUGGCUGGGCAGCUUUCAAAGUCAUUACUCUCGCAAAACGGUCUAUUGCCAUGCAUAAGAAUCCAGCCUACAUUCUUUACUCUGACCCGGCUUGCUUGAACAAGUGGGGCUUCUUGUACGUCCAGUACAGGGCCACGGCUUACUACUUUGUCAUUCCUGUGCUUGGGUAUGUGCUUCUCAAGGGCAUAUUUAUUGCCUUUGGACAGAACUCACAAGUUGUUCAAGCCGUUGCUUUCUUGGUCAUUGAGGCUGCUUUCUUGGUUGCCGUCAGUGUGAUUCGGCCAUGGAUGGACAAGAGAACCAACAUAUUCAACAUUUCUAUCGCUGCUUGCAACUUUUUGAAUGCUGUUUUCUUGCUAGUGUUUAGCAACGUGUUCAACCAACCAGGAAUGGUAACUGGUGUUAUGGGAAUUGUCUUUUUCGUUUACAACGCAGUGUUUGCAUUGGUGCUUUUGAUUCUGGUUUUGAUCGCUUCUAUAUACGCCAUUGUCUCGAAGAACCCAGACAUGCGCUACCAGCCGAUGCGCGACGACCGUGGUUCAUUCAUCAAGAGCAACACUGCUCUCAAUACCGAAUUGGACGCAUUAGCAAACACCGCUCGUGGCGGUAGCGAGAUGGAACUCAAAUCAACAGCGUACCACCCGACCUACGAGGACGAGUCUCAUUCCAUUUCGAACGGUAGCGGUGCUAGUAUCAACCAUCGUGGACAACACGAUAUGAACAAACCGCCCGCAUCACCCAUUGAUCCAUCGGUCCCUCUCUUCCCUAGUCACGCACCACCGUCCUACGAAUCAAACGGAUACGGUCGCGACAUUGAACGGAGUCGAUCACCGGCACAGAUUGGAGAUUUCAAUCCCGCCUCUGCACUAGCAAUGCAGAACUAUAGACAACAGCACAACGCCAGUCCCUGGCAACGAGGCGCCGGCUACGACCAUUAA